UGUUUGUUCUGGACGAGACUUGCGGCCUCAUAAUGUCAGGAAGUCGCUUCCAUGGGUGCAAAUAUUGACAUUGGAAAACUCCCCAAAAUCAACACCUUAAUCCACUUUGCUCCCAUCUCAAAUCCCGGACAGUCGACCUUUUGCAACUGGGAAAACGGUCUUUAUAACUUGGUUGGUUUAAGCAUUAUGAACAUCCUGAAAUUUAAAGAAACCAGUGUGACCAAUGAGCAUUGGAACGACAGCGUCCUCGGAGUGUCUCAGAAAACAAUGGAACUGUUUUUGCCAAUGGCAGAGUGGGAUUCAUUGCGUAGCAUUGGCUCAAUGCGAUCCAUCUCGGACAAGUUCUUCUACAUUAUGCCAAUAAUCAUUGGGGUACCACAACUCCUGUUGAACUUGUAUGUCUUUAUUUCGGUGAUUCUGGUGACAUGUCAACGCCCCGGUUGUUCUCGUAAUCGACCUUCAAAGCGGAAUGGCGGCAAAAUCCCUACACACAUAUCUAGCUCUCAUAAGGCAGCUUUCAUUUUCAUUGCUAAUUUAGCUGCUGCAGAUAUGCUAAUGGUGGUUGUGGAGCUUUGCGUGGCCUACCUCCAGUUUACUACACAUUAUGGGAAGGGAUAUCAAGGGAUCUUGGAAUUGAACUUAGAUGACAUAUCCCAUGAAUUUGCCCAAUCUCGUCGAAUAGCUUGCAAUUGGCAAGUGGGUUUAUGGAUGUUUGCCAUUGCACAUACGUUGGCUUGCUCGCUCUUGAUUACCGUUGACAGAUACAUUUACAUUACCAGAGGUCUCAGGUACAACGUGAUCAUGACUCCAGCCAGAAUCAAAUGCCUGCUCAUGCUCUCCUGGGGAUUUCCCUCAAUUUGGACUUGUGUAUCAGUUCUUUUGUUCAACCAACAGAGAGAUGCCGAGUGUGUCGUGGGACAUAUCUUGCCGACUUUUCAUACUGCAGCAGUUUUGGGAACAUUGAUGCUCUUCCUUGUUAUCAUCUACGUACUGUAUGGUUUGAUCCUCUUCAAAUUCUUCCGAAGAAAGCGAGCUUUAAAACAACUUCAAGGCCAUGAAACGGUGGCUCCUCUACAAAGCAAUUCAACUCGUGUUCGCAUCCUAUUUCGGUCAAAAACUCAUCACGAAUUUUCAGACGUUCCUUGCACAAUGAUUGGUUUUGCCAGACAUGGUAGUGGUGAAUUGAAUCUUCAUUCACACUCGUUGGACAAUUUCAACACUAUUCAGCAUCCAUCUAGUGCCAAAUUGGGCAUCUUAGCCGCUAAUAAAGUUCGCUCUACAACGCUCAUUCGAGCACUGUCGUCCCUGUCGAAAUUCACCAAAGCAGCCAAAUAUGUUUUGAUCCUUGUCUUAGUUUUCACCUUGGCUUGGCUUCCAUGGAUCAUUAUCAUGUACGUUGACCUUGUGCUCCAUGGAACGGGUAAAUGGGAAACCUUCCUUGAAGAUAUCGAGUGCAGCGAGCAAUUAGAUCUUUCUCCCGAUCAAUUAAUGAGGCUACAAAUCUGCAUUUUUCAUGCCUUCUCGAAUCCCAAGAAGCUAUGCUACAUCAACACCAAAGAUACCUUAUUCCACGUUCCGCCCAAACACUUGUGCCGCCCGAUUAUGGAGGCGAUUCACGCUCAAAACCAGGAUUCUUGGCAAAAGAUCGCGUUAGUCAUCGGGGCCACGAAUUCCUUGCUAAAUCCAAUCAUCUAUGCAUUCUGGUAUGCGGAAUUCCGACUUCGUAUCCGGAAAGCAUGGCGAGAUCUCUGGUCCCGAAUUGUAUGCCAGUCAAAAGACCAUUAUUGAACAACAUUGUUUUUUGAAAAAUAUAC